GCGGAAUCAGCUCUAAAAUGAUGCUUACCCCGGUCACUUUUAUGUUUCCAGAGCGUGUCCAUUAGGUUUUUCAUCUGUUACUCGCUCCUCCUUCUCCCCCUCAUCUCUCCUCGUCCUUCCUCUCAUCGGUCGUCGCUCCUCCUCCCUCCUCCCGUCUCAUCUCUCCAGCACGGUUCAUAAGGGAAUUUGAUUGUGUAAGGAAGUGGUCUCGAAAGCUAUGGAUGAUUCAUUUACCAUUCAAAUAAGCGGCAACUUAGUCAAACAGCUAGCUGAUGACAGCGAGAGAGCGAAGAAGAAAACCAGGAAACCAAAACCAAAGACACCGAAAAUCCCCCAACAAAGCCAAGCCAAACCCACCAAUCAGAAGGAGAUCCAUGACGACUCUCAAGCCCUAAAAGGUGGGCUCCCUGCCACCGCCGGAUGGCCGCCAAUGUACCUCCCAAUUCCUCCACCUGCACCACCUGCUAAUCCAGAGCUAGAUGCCAUCCGUUCCGUCCUUCAAGACAGUGAAAGGGUUCUGGAAAAACUAAAAAAGCAAGAAGAUGAGAUGGUGGUGGAAGUAACACAAAAGGCAAAGGAACUUCAUGAUAAGGAGUUUAAACUUCCACAGCCAAAACCCAUGCCGUGUUCGGCCGAUUUAACCGCCUGCCUGGAUUGCUACAAAGAGAACACCAAAGACCCGCUAAAAUGCAGUACGGUGGUGAAGAACUUUGCUGAUUGUGCUCGCACCAUAAGGCAACAGGUGACUUCAUCAAAUCAAUAAAACUUGUGAUGCACAUGAUUUUGCUCGACAACGGAGGCGGGAAUAACUCAACAGGGGAACAGAGUAUGUGUUUUGUUGGACAGUUUUUACAAAUAUUUGAAAUGUUGUAAGGUUACAUGGUGUUAUUGUUAGAGUGAUGAAUCAAUCCUUUUGGAAAUUGGGAAAAAUAAAAAAAAUUCUCCUCAUUAAUUAGC